UGAAACGCCCAAGCUCCUUCAUUCGUGUAGUGACGUGGAGUCCAUGCCACUUCGUUCAAGGCACUGUAACUGAGACGUGAAGCUACAUAGACAGCUUCUCUUCGCAAAGCACUGACCAAGACGCGAAGCGCUGGCUUUGCACCACGCGUUACGAUGGAUGUCACGAAAGUAAUAGGGGAUUACGGCAAGUUUCAACGGAACGUCUACCUCUUCACUCUCUUGCGAGAGGCCCCGAAUGGUCUUCACCUUGUUAUCUACAGCUUCUUCUUCCCGACGGUGGAGCACUGGUGUGGCCAUGCCAGAUACCAUCAUGGGAAACAUAACAUCACAACAGUGGAAAACUCUUGUGGUGCCUAACUCAUCGUUUACAGCCGAUUGGCAGUCAGUGCGUCGCAGUCAGUGCAACGCCUUCGACUUUGACAUUACGCACCAAGAGACCCUGGUAAUUAGAAACACAUCAGUGCAGUGUGACCAUUGGGAGUAUGGAAAGAGCUACUAUAAAGGCUCCUUGGUUCAAGAAUGGGAUCUCGUUUGCAAUCGAGCAUGGAUGCGAAGCCUUGUGCAGACAGCCACAAUGAUAGGAAUGCUUGUGGGCACUUUGGCGUCUUCCCUCGGAGACAGGCUUGGACGCAGACCCAUGAUAAUAACUGGCUAUGUGAUCAGCUUAGUUGGCAGCGUGUGCGUGGCAGUGUCUCCGUGGUUCUCCCUCCUUAUUGCAUCUAGGGGACUUCUGGGCUUCGGCCUGGGCAUGGGACAGUCCUCGUCUUUCUGCCUGCUAAUGGAGGUGAUUGGUCUGCAGAAGAGGACUGCCGCAGCUCUGGCGCUCGGCGUUGGCUUCUCCCUGGGCAUCAUCAUGCUUCCUGGCUUAGCUUGGUUCAUUCAAGACUGGAGGACAUUGCAAUGGACUAUCAGCGCUCCUUUUGUGGUCUUCAUUUUUUGGUCGUGGUUUUUGCCGGAGUCCCCGCGAUGGCUUAUCGCAAAAGGAAAGAUCCCCGAAGCCCGUAAAGUAAUACUGAAAGCCUGCGCGGACAACAGGCUGCAAGUGGAUGAAAUUGAUAUGGCUCUAGUGGACCUCCGCAAGAAAGUUCUGCAGGAAGAAGAAGCCGCCAGGAGAAAGGCCAGCUGCACAGACCUCUUAAGAAGCCGAAGAAUGCUUCUCUACACUGUCACACUGGUGUAUGCCUCGACAGCUGGUGGUAUCACCUUCUACGGCCUGCAGCUAUCGGUGACCAGCCUGGGUGGCGAUCCAUACCUGACUUUCGUUCUGGCUGCCCUUGUGGAGCUACCAGCUGUGCUGGUCUGCUACAUGGCCAUACGGUGGUGCCGAAGGCGUCCGACAAUGCUCGCAGUGUACGGGGGCGUCACAUUGAGCACCCUGGCAGUGUGCUUGCUCCCACUGGAAUGGGCUUUGCCACGUCAGGUGUGCGGAAUCGCGGGCAAGAUGCUGGCGUCCGUGUCGCUGACUCUGGUGUGGAUUUUUGCGGCCGAAGUGUUCCCGACGCUGUAUCGAACACUGGGAGUCAGCGCUUGCUUCGUCGGCACUCGAGUUGGCUCCUCCACCGCCCCAUUGCUGCUUGAGCUGAGAACAUAUCUCAGUGACUCUGUGCCUAUGGGCAUCCUGGUCGGCUUCGCUGCACUUGCUUCCAUACUGAUGCUGCUGCUACCAGAAACGUUCAGGGUUACCCUUCCAGACACGAUUCGUGAAUCCAAGGAGCUGGGAAAUUCGAGGAUAUUAAGGAAGGAUCGCUGCGCCGAUUGGUUCGCGGUGGAGCCGACGCCCGAGCUACUAGGCAACUCAAGUCAGCAGCAUCCCACAUAACGCAGACUUUCCUGGUUGAUUAAAGAAGAAUCUGCGUGCAUUGACCAAUCUUUGGUCGGAGAUCUCUUGGCGGUGUUCCGUGAUUUGUCAACUGUGCUACAUGAAGGGCAGGUCUUCAGUAGCAAU